CUCCUCCGUUAAUCGCCGGCAUUGUCUUUCUUACCGAUCCGACUAUCUCAGCAUUCGAAAUCUCCGGCGAUAAAGCCUGAUCUCAAGCUUUUCGUUCGUGAUUCCGUCGGUGGAAGCUGUGAAAAUGCCGGUGGAGGUGGAGAGAGAUCAAGGAGAGGUGUCGGUGAAGGUUGAUUUUGAGAAUGCGACUGAGAUUAAACCGGAGGUAGUAAUUCCGGCUACCAAAGAGGACGUGGUGAAUGGGAUCAGCCAUGGCGGUAAUAAUGGUAACGGAAACGACACCGAUGGUUCUUACGUUUUCAUUACGGAGAAUGAUACCGUAGGAGAUGAUUCUGUAGAGUCUGAUUUUGUUAAGCCUGUUGAUGAUGCCAAUGUGGAGAAAGAUCUUAAGGAAGGAGAGAAUGUGAAUUCUGAGAAAGUGAAGGUAGAAGCUACAAGUAUCGCCGAUGAUGAUAUUUUGGGAGUUUCUCAAGAUAGUCAAACCCUGGAAAAGUCUGAGCGAGGACCAGAGGAGGUCGUUGGGAUCCCAAAGUCAGAAAUUGAGGAUUCUCUUGAAAAAAGUGUCGACCAGCAGCAUCCUGGUAAUGGGCAUCUAGAAAGUGGGCUUGAGGGUAAAGUGGAAUCUAAAGAGGAAGUGGAGCAACUUCAAGAUUCUGAAGUUGGAUCCAGGGAUGUGACCAAGAUUAACGCAGAGGAAAAGUCUGAAGGUAAAAUUGAACCUGACAGUAAAACAGAUGUGGAGGGACAUCAAGGGGACAGGAUUGAAGCCCAAGAAAAAUCUGAUCUGGAUGUGGAUGUUUCUGAAGCAGAAAAGCACCCAGUUGACUCAGAUGAAGUAAAGGAGUCUGAGUUGGUGAGCGCUAAGGUUUCUCCAACGGACCCUAGUGAUGGAGGCAUGGAUUUGGGACAACCUACGGUAACAGAUCCAGCUGAAACCAUCAAUGGAUCUGAAUCUGUGAAUGAUCGCAUUGGAUCAGAAUCUGUAGCAGUUUUGGAAUCUGUUUCUGUUGAAAACGGUCACCCUCCAAUAGAAUCAGAGUUGGAGAGAACUAGUGAUGUUCCAUUCACUUCAGAGGCGGAAAAAGUCAAUGCUUCCGAUGGUGAAGUGUUGGCAGACUCUGGGACCGUGGAUGUUGCUGUAUCAGAGGUAAGUAGUGAUGUCCCGGCUGAGACUCAAGCUCUUACUGCCAUCAGCUUGGAUUCCCAGCCUUCUGGCAAAGAUAGUGUUGUUGAAAAUGGUAAUAGCAAAUCGGAAUCUGGAGACAGCAAGAUGCAAUCGGAAAUUGGAGCUGUGGAUGAUGUCUCUGUGUCUGAUGGGAGUAUAAAAACUCAUCCAGAAUCUCAAGAUGCCAGCGAUCCUACUUGUGAUCAAGAUGGAAAACAACACAUAGCAUCUGAAGUUAAGGAAGUUCUUGAUGCCCCUGCUUCAGAAGAAAGAAGUGAUGCUGUUAUUGUUGCCAAAGAGAAUGUUUCAGAAGCUGCUAUUUCUGAUGGCUUAUCUUGUACCAACCAGCAGGGAUCAGAAAAUGAUGAGAUAUCUGGGCUUGUUGAAAAACUCCCAUCCCAUACGCUACCUGAGGUUGCGCCUUCUGUGGAUGACACGAGUGUAAUUGUAAGCGAUGACACCAAAAGUCAAGGUUUAUCAGAGGAUCAUGGAGUUGACACUAACCAGAAGAUUCAAGAUGAUUGUAGUGCUGAGUUGGAAGAAGUUACCGAUGUGAAUGUAAAACAUGCUCCAAAUGAGAAAGUUCAAGGGGACAACAGCGAGGGGAACUUAAAUGUUGGUAGUGAUGUUUGUCUAAAUUCUGCUGAAGAAGCGAAAGAGUCACCUACAGGGGAUCUUUCUGGGAAUGCAUCACAUGAGAGUGCUGAGACUCUCUCUACAAACAUCAACGAACCAUUGAGCUUGUUGGAUACCAAAACUGCUGUCUCUGACUUGGCAGAAAGCUCAGCAGGAGUAGCUGGUGAAACAGACACUGUUGCCACGGAAUCUGAAGCUGCUCAAUCAACUAAAGAAUGUGCUGAACCACAUGUAUCUCCAUCCACUAUUGAAGAUGCUGAAAUAAACAGAGAAGUCAAUUGUGGUUCCGAAGUACACGUGACGAAGACCACUCCUGUUGAUGUGUGUGAGGAUAUACCACCUAAAGAAGUUUCUGAGAUGGGAGAAUCGGACAUCAAAGAAAGAUCUUCGAUAAAUACAGAUGAAGAAGUCGCUACUGCCUCAGUUGCAUCCUUUGAAAUCAAGACCUGUGCGCAGGAUCUUGAAUCGAAAGUGGUUACAUCUACUGAUACCAUACAUACAGGAGCUAUAGACUGUGUGGACAGCCAACCUGCUGAAAACAAAGAAGGAAAUGCUGUUGAUAGAACAGAUGAUAAAGUAGCCUCAACCGGUGAAGUUUCUGUGCCUGAUGCUUCUGAAGUGCUCACUGUAGCGGCAGAGAUAGAGAAAAAACCAUUUUACUUUCUGCCUAGAGUUCCAAGAUAUGAUGACGAAAAGUUAGCCGAGCAACUCAAGCAUGCUGAAGAGCAGGUUGAUCAGAAAACACAGAGUCGGGAUGCUCUUAGAGCGGAUAUCCAGAAGAUACGCGCAAUAUGUAAGGAGUAUGAUAUCAGUUGCAAGGCGGCCAUGACAGAAGAGAGAUCUGCAAGAAAAGCAAUGCAUUCAAAACGGCAGGAAAUUGAGGCCCUUCAGUCUAUGAUUAGCCGGGUUAAGAGUGCUGCAUCUGUUGAUGAUAUUGAUUCAAGGGUGCAUAAUAUGGAACAUAUGAUGCAACACACAACUUUAUCUCUGAAUGAAGAAAAAGGAUUCAUGCGUGAAAUAAAGCAGUUGAAGCAACUUCGCGAGCAGAUAUCUUCGAGUAUGGGUACCAAGGAUGAAGUUAAGCAAGCAUUGGAUGAGAAAGAGAAAACAGAAGAACGUUUGAAGGUAUUGAGGAAGGAACUAGAUGCGCUAAGAAACGAUCUCUCAAAAGCCGAAGCAAUCACAAAAGCUGCUAAAAAAAAGUGUGAUGAGGAAUGGGAAGCACAGAGUAAACUGCAAGAACAGUUCAGAGCUGCUGAUGCUGUUCGCCAGGAAGCAUUUGUGCACUUACAGGAUUUGAAGAAACAACAACGAGAAAAGAACAAAUAUUUCUUCAAGUACAGAGAUAAUUCAAGGGCAGCAAGUGAAAUGGUUUUGAAGAAAGACAGAGCAGCCCUGCAAAGCCUUUGUUCUGACCAGGUGGAGAAUUUCAUGAAUAUGUGGAACAAUGACGAGGAGUUCCGUAAAUACUAUGUAAAAAGCAACACAAGGAGUACCUUUAGAAGACUAGGAACCCUAGAUGGACGAUCUCUUGGCCCUGAUGAGGAGCCACCUCGGAUCACUUAUGCUCCAAGAAUGGACAAACUUAAAACUUCUAGUGACAGAGCAGAGAAACAUGAGGCAGUUCCACCGGUUCCAGCUCAACAAGAGAGAGUCGUUAAAUUUGAAGGUUCAAAAGUUGAAAACAAUGGUAAGGCUGUUGCUAAACCCACCGAGCAGAAGAGUCAGACCACUAAAUCUAAAAAGGCCGUCAAGCCAGACCAGCCUCCACCAAAUGUCACAGAAUUGGCUUCUGGAAAAGAGGAGAUAGAGAAGUCAGCAACACCUGAAGAAGAAGAGCCACCUAAGUUAACAAAAGAGGAAGAGGAGUUAAUUAAGAAAGAAGAGGAGAAGAGAAAACAAAAGGAGGCUGCGAAGAUGAAGGAGCAGCAUCGGUUGGAGGAAAUAGCAAAAGCGAAAGAGGCAAUGGAGAGGAAGAAGAAGAGAGAAGAGAAGGCAAAAGCAAGAGCUGUUCUCAAGGCUCAGAAGGAAGCAGAAGAAAGGGAGAAGGAACGAGAAAAGAAGCUAAGGAAGAAGGAGAGAAGAAAGGGGAUUUUUACAUCAGAAGAGACAGCAACUGAAAACCCAAUUCCGACAUCAGAAACUGAAGUCGAAACCCCAAGGGAGAUCGAAAUUCCAAAGAAACAAACCGUAGAGGAGAGUCAGCAAAUCAAGAAAUCCCACAAACUUUCAUCACAGUUUCUCAAACAAAACAAGUCAAAAUCGGUUCCUUUGCCUUUAAGGAACCGAGGAAGCAAGAGAAAACUACGGCAAUGGAUGUGGAUUGGACUCAUAGUUGUGAUCAUCCUCGCAUUGUUCCUUCUCGGAAGAUGUAGUAUGGAGAAAGCGAUGAUAUCUCUUGUUGUGCUGAAACUGGUGGAACAGUCUCACAUGUUUCUCUGCACUUUUACAUGAAGUUCUAUGACUUGUUGGUUUUUGUCACAUAAGUGACCGGGGUGGUUCCUCCUCAGUGCCCAGAGAUCGUCCAUCUACGGUUCCUAGUUUUCUAAAGGACACAGAGCAGAGAAACAUGAGACUCACCCAGUUUCAACAGUGGAUUCAAUGUUAUAUUUUCCCCUCUUCACUCUUAAUCAAAUUUGAAACAGUCU